CAGCGCGGGAAGGGUGGCCAGAAUAACGGCAACGAAACGACGAUAGCGACGGCAGAAGGGAGUACGGCUCGGAGGAGGAAAAGAGAGAGGGAUGAUCGACCUACCGAGUCAACAGGUAGAGGAGGGCGGGAAGGCGUCUCAGUUGCAGCACCCCCUGCAGGCCGGAGAUGAGGUGGUCGUCAUUAAUGAGGUGGAGUUGAGCGGAUGGAGGCAGGAGGCUAUAUCUCUUGUUAAAGGAUCAUACAAAACGCUGCGGCUCACUGUGCGAAGAGAGUGUUGUCCAGGUCCUUGCUGUUCUGACCCGCGUCCUCUUAGUCCUUCCAGAGACUGCAGAUGCAGUGGAGUCAAACUACGCAUCAAAAACAGACGGAGUGAGCCUGGAUCUCGACCUCAUUCUUGGCAUUCUACGAAACUGGGCGAGGGCCCUCAGGACUCAGACAGCAUGAUGCAAGUCACCCAGGGUGGUGUGGGAGCCCCCUGGCACCAGAGCUACCACUCCAGUGCCUCAACCACAGAUCUAUCGGGAUUUGAGACAGGAUUCCUUAGGAAGAGCCCAGAUCAGUACAGUUCCCGGGGCAGCAUGGAGAGCCUAGACCACACUCACCCAGCCUACAGCUCCUGCUAUCAACUAUCAUCAUCCAAAUCCUCCAGUAGCAUUGAUCAUCUGCAUAGCAAGCGGGAUUCUGCAUACAGUUCCUUCUCAACCAGCUCCAGUAUCCCAGAGUAUCUUGCAGCGGCACCAUUGUUUAACAAGGAGAGGUCAUAUUCCAUGGAAAACGUUCCACAGAGAGAAGGGAUGCAGCAGGCUGAUAUACGCUACAUACGCACUGUGUACGACCCCCAACAGGGUGUGUCUGAAGAGCAUGAGAUCAGCUCUGCAGCCCUUAUGAGAUCCAGUGACAGCAGAGCACAGUCUAGAAGUGGGAAUGUCUCAGGCCAGAUCUGUCAUCGUGGCAGCAGUAGUAGUGGAAGCAGUGGGAGUAGCGGAAGCACCUCCAGCUCACAACGUCACAGUGUUGGGCCAGUCUGGGAUCCAGCGCACAACCGGCACUCCUAUGAGAACCUAAAGGGGGCUCCAGCCCCUCCAUUACGCAGUGACAGCUAUGCAGCAUUUCGCAAUCAUGAGCGUCCCAACUCCUGGUCAAGUCUUGAACAUGCUCGGUCGCAGCGGGCACUUCACAAGGGUUCCUGGCAUCACUCGAGUGGUUCUGUGGCAACAGGAAAGUCCUCGUUUGGUGCUGAAGGUCAGUUGCACACAGUCAUAGAAAAAAGCCCUGAAAGUAGCCCCACCACCAAACCUAAACAGGGUUUUCCUCAGGCUGCACAACCCGGUCGCCUCAUGUUACCCACUAGUAUCUACCCUGUUCCACCUCCCGAGCCUCAUUUUGCACAAAUUCCAACCAGCAACCCAAGCUCUGGAACUGUAUACCCAGCACUGGCCAAGGAGAGCAAGCACAACAAUCACUGUGACCACUUGGGUGGACCAGUAAAAGAGGACAGGGUCACCAUUGAAAACGGAUACCAAAGCAAUGCUCCUAGCUCAAACCCUGUCCAAACUCAUGUUUCGGCACAACCAAAGCUGUCCGAUAGAGUGCAAGAUGACACUCAAGUCAAACCUGGUUUUUAUCGACCUCAUUGGCAACCACAAAUGCAGAAGUCACAAACGCCAUAUGUACCCCAGGAAAGGAGGGACCCUUACACCCCUGUGCAACCAAGAGGAGAGAGACCAAAGUUCUCUCUUGGUAUGGAGGAUUACAACAACUAUAGGCCACCUCAAGAUGAAGAACAAAAUAAAUGCAAAGAGCAAAGCAUCCAUCCAGACCCAGUUUACACUGGGAAAGUUUCACAGGGACAAGUUGCUCAAACACACAGAGGAAACUUCAUGCAAACUCAAGGAAGUGACCACAUAAUAAAACCUUCAAGGCACUACAGUGACUCUAGUGCUCUCCAGGAGAGAGGUCAAGACCUGGAUCACCCCUUGACCAGAUUGGAGAAUGCACUUGCUGAGGUUCAACGAUGCACCAGUCCCGAGAGUACAACUAGCCAAUCCAGUUUCCAAAGUGAGCGUAGCAUGUCCGUGCUGGAGAAAGUAAGUCAUUUUGAGAGACAGCAAGUCAAACCUCGCAGUCAUAGCAGCCUCUCCCACCAUGGUUCUACGGCUCGUCCGAGCCAAAUGCCACGACCUUCCAGUGCCAAGAGCUCCUUCUCUGGUGUAGAGGAUUUGCGCAACAUGUUGGAGAGAAGCAACAGCUCGGUUCCUCAUGGGAGAACUCAAAGUACUUCUAGCAUGGCAAGUUAUGAUGGACACAUGGAUGUGCAUCAAGAUUUCCUAACAAGACGUGGGAGUAGUGAUCAUGUCCAACAUCGACAGCCUGUUGUUGCCCAUAAGACCUGUCUUCAAAGAAGUAAGAGCACCUUUCAGCUUGGUGAGGGGAAUGGAAAAGACAUCCAUGGGAAAGGUGACAUUCAUGACAUCUUGGGCACCAUCCAAGACACAUCUUUUAACAGAGCAUAUAGAGACAGCAUUAAAGAUGCCCAGUCUAUGGUUCUGAGGUCAACUUCCUUCAGAAGACGUGACCUUAGCUUUGACCCUCCACCAGUGCCAGCUAAGCACAUGUCUCUAGAACGAAAAGGACCCAGUACAAGUCCAAAACCAGCUACAACAUCCCCACACACUCCAAAGGAACGUCAUGUUGUUCCUGUUGAAGCACCAAACAGAGCCUCUACUCCUGACCUCCCCAGUGUCCCAGCUGUUGGACCCCCAGUUAUGCGGAUCUGUGGACGCAAACGAUUCACAACGGAGCAAAAAAAGCGAUCGUAUUCUGAGCCUGAAAACAUGCAUGAAGUUGGAGUGUUGACUCAGGAAACCAAUCAGGCUGACAGGAAGGUUCAACAACAGUUUCUGGCAAGUGAGACGAGUGUUGCGGACAGACGCAGGAUGUUCGAGCAGGUGGCGAAUCGUAACGCUGACCCCAGAUUUUUCUCCUCCAGGCCUGAUUUGAAGCAAAUGCAACAAGAUGCACUUGUUGAGUAUAUUGAGCGCAAAACAGGUAGAAGAGUAGACGGACGUCCAAACCGCCCACAUAGCGCUUAUCUACAGUCCGCUUCUUCCUCUUCUGCUGACUCACGAAUCCUCAUCUCCACCCCAAGUAUGAGCUCUUUGCAAGAGCCAGCAUAUGAUGGCCUCACUGGUGGUAAACGUAAAUCCUCCACCCUUCCAGCUGGAAUGCAAAGCUCCUUUUACCCCCUUAGGGGAAGCCACAACCACACACGGCCUGAGGUUUUUGGCCAGCAGUCAGAAGGCACAAAUCCUGGAUCUCAAAAAUCAGGCCCAGUCCUGACCAGACAUACCCUUCCGCAGCACUUGGAAGUCUCUUUUGAGAGAGCCACCUCUGCCAGAAGCUCAGGGAGGUCAGCUUCAGCUGAGGAUUUGCUGGACCGUAGUGAAGAACGUCCCAUUUCUCAGCACUUUCGAUCCAAGUCAUCUCCUGUGGAGAACUUUAGUCAGGACUUCUUAGCCAGAGACCUUCAGUUGUUGAGAGUUUCCUCCAAGGAAUCCUUUGAAAACAGGGUGUUGGCGAACAUGGGACACAAACAGCCAUCAAGUUCAGCACAUAUGGAGAGGAGUUACCAGCUAAACCAGGGUCCUGUCCAGCAAAACGCACCUGUGUUGAGGCGUGAGCGUCCGAGACAUUCGGACCGGCCUAGAGCGCAGAGUGCUUCAGGUCUGGCUGCGUCUGUGGGACUCCCUUGCCCUUUCACCUCUCCAGGCACUGCUGCCAGCCUCGACUGGCAUAACGGAGACAGACUGCAUCAGCCCAACCUGGACUCUAUUGCAUUUCCCGAAACUGGCCCACAUAGUCAGAAGAGUCCACUGGGAAUGGUGCGGCAAAACUCCAGCGACACCAGCACUUCUGAAGACACCCUGAAGGACUUCCCGUGUCCGGUGGCCACUCCAUCACCUCCACACCCAGAGGUCACGGGGUCACAACUUAGCACAAGGCUGCAAAUCCUUCCCAUGAGCCCGGUUUCCCCAACAAAGCCACUUCUCUCUCUUUGGAUCUCAGAUUCUAACCUUGUAGAUGUUCAGAGUAUAGCUGUGUCUCAAGAUGAUGAUGAAGUGUUUUUUGUGCCUCCACCACCGCCUGCACCACUGCCCAUCAGAGAGACCGAGAUUACGGAGGACUUCCCGCCUCCUCCGCCUCUCACACCCCCAGUCGAGGAGAACGUGGAAGUGUCUUUACAGCAUCCGGGACUAUUACGACCCAUCAGCAACCGUGAGAGUCUGACUGACGCAACGGCACAUCCAGAGCCUGAGCGGCCAUCGAACGACCGCACGACUCCCUCGGUGAGCCCUGACAACACCAGCGCUGCCUCUCAACCCCAGCCGCCUGUCAGCGCUCCUCCAGAGCAGGACGCCUCUGAGAUCCUGGGUCCCGACUACCAUCUGCUGUCCAGACGAGAGCGGACACAAGCCGAGCUGCUCGUGGAGACUUUAGCCCGAGAGCUGGUGAGCCACGACAAAUCCCUCACCUCGCUCCUGGACACCUGGGCAGGUAAAACCACCCUGGAUUUGAUGGAGGACAUCUUCCCAUCACACAGCAGCCAUCUGAGUGACAGGGCUCAGGAUGGUCCAGAUACUCCCUCUCAGGCUGCUUCAAGAAAAAUGGAAACCAACCUGGAUGACGAAGAAGAUUACUUGAAUCAGAAGGUGGAGCUGUUGCAGGCGCUGCGGGUGAGCAUGCGGUCGCUGCAGGGGGAGAGAGACGGGCUCUCGGAGCAGCAGAAGCGCUUCACGGCUCUGGGCGAGAGCAUGGAGGCUUUGGUUCAGCAGCGCUGCAAACCCAACGAGAGAGAGAAGUACCGCAUGUUCGUCGGAGACCUGGAGAAGAUCGUCAACCUGCAUGAAUGUUACAUCGAAUCGCUGCAGCUGAAGAGGAAGCAGUUGUGCAGUCAACAGGAAGACGCUCGCGAGCUGAAGGAAAACCUGGACCGGCGCGAGCGAGUGGUUCUGGACAUUCUGGCGAGUUACCUGAGCGGCCCACAGCUGCGCGACUACCAGCGUUACAUCCGCAUCAAACCCGCCCUUCUGAUUCGCCAGCGCCACCUGGACGAGCUCAUACGGCAGGGGGAGGAGCAAGUGCAGAGGCUGGAGGAGACCCUCCCCGCUGAGUCCCGCCCAAAGAACACUGACUCCGCCCCCCAAACGCCACACUGUUUUAACUCCACCCACUUGCCACGUCCCACCACUGUGACCUCACUCUGA